UUGCUUCUCUAUAGAUUCGCCAUUCUCUGUCAGUGGCUCAUAUCCUCUAAUCAACAAAAACGCAAAAAAGAAUAAUAAGGAAAGAAUAAAAAAUCGGAAAUUUCAGUCUUCUGUGAAGAAGAAAAGGAAGAGGAAGAAGAAGAAGUAUUCACAUUUUGGUUGCAGAGAUUCUGCACUUGUUGGUUUGAUAGGCAAAAAUGGUUUUGGGGUUAAGCUCGAAGAACAGAAGAGGCUCCUCCUCCUCCUCCAUACAAGUUGAUUACUUGAUCCACAUUCAUGACAUCAAGCCUUGGCCACCUUCUCAGUCCCUUAGAUCACUGCGCUCCGUUGUAAUCCAGUGGGAGAAUGGUGAGCGCAACUCAGGGACAACAGAUGCCGUUGCUCCUUCUCUUGGCGAAGGCAAAAUCGAAUUCAACCACUCCUUUAAGCUUCCCCUAACCUUGUUGAAAGAUGCGUCUGCUUCUGCUCGGAACAAGGGGUGUGAUGUAGUAUUCUUCAAGAACGUCCUGGAGCUCAACUUGUACGAGGCUCGCAGAGAGAAAACACAUCAGCUCUUGGCUACUGCCACGAUUGAUUUGGCGGAAUACGGCAUUGUGAAAGACACCCUGAGCUUGACUGCUCCAAUGAACAGCAAAAGAAGCUACCGGAAUACAACUCAGCCUGUUUUGCACCUCUCUAUUCAACCCAUCCGUGCCACUUCUUCUUCUUCUAGGAACGGCUCCAAGGACGGUGGUGAAUCUGUUUCUGCCUUGAUGAACGAGGAAUACGAUAAGGAAGCUGAGAUUGCUUCCAUCACAGACGAUGACAUUUCCUCCCACUCCUCCUUGACUGUUGUUUCAUCUUCAACUUUGGAGUCUAAUGCUGCUUUUUCUGUGCCCACUGAAGAGGAAGAACAUGAGAGGAAGGUAAACAAGAGAUCACAAUCAGCAGCAUCUCAAGGAGACCAGAUUCCCUCCUCAGUUGAUGAUCUAUCUUCUGUGUUUAAUCUCCCUGUAGACGUUCCUGAUUCUGCACCCAACACUUGUGUCUCUGAUGAGCUCAAGGACUGUGCUAAGCUGGUAAACGGAGAGACCAAGUCUAUGCCUUUACACAACUCCGUAAACGCCUCCUCGCCUGAAACAACUAGUCAACAAGAUUUGGUGAGUGAUGAGGAAAGAGAGAGUACAAGAGUUGAGAAACCAAGGAAGGUGAAGUCUGUUAGGUCAUCCCUGGAGAUAUCUCGGAGCAAUAGCGAAAGAAAAGAAGCUAAGGUGUUUCCGCGCAACACCACCACGUUGGAGAGCAAAGUCAAGGACUUGGAAAGUAGAGUAAAGAAGCUUGAAGGUGAGCUAUGCGAGGCUGCAGGCAUUGAAGCAGCGCUCUACUCCGUGGUUGCAGAACAUGCAAGCUCAUCAGCUAAAGUCCAUGCGCCUGCUAGACGUCUUUUGAGGCUCUAUCUUCAUGCUUGUAGAGGAGAUAACCAUCUAAUUUCAAGAAGGGCUAAUGCUGCUAAAAGUGCUGUCUCCGGGUUGGUUACUGUCGCCAAAGCCUGCGGGAACGAUGUCCCUAGAUUGACAUAUUGGUUGUCAAACACUAUCAUUCUGAGGGCGAUCAUAAGUGAUAAUCAUUCUGAGGAACUGCCUGUUUCAGCUGGUCAAUCUGGACCAAAGACACAGAGACAAGGAUCAUCAUCCCUGACGUGGAAAGAUUCUUCCCUAAGAAAAAAGGACACCACUGGUGGCUGGGAUGACCCUGGAGCAUUCAUAACAGCCCUUGAGAAAGUGGAAGCUUGGAUCUUCUCACGCGUUGUAGAAUCCAUAUGGUGGCAGACUUUGACACCGCGUAUGCAGUCUUCGGCAGCCAAUGGUUCAGCAGCCUCAAAGAAGAAAAACUUUGGUAGAAGUCCGAGUUCGGUGAACCAGGAACAAGGUGACUUCUCAUUAGAGCUUUGGAAAAAGGCUUUCAGGGAUGCACACGAGCGUCUAUGCCCUCUGCGAGCUAGUGGCCAUGAAUGUGGUUGUUUGCCCCUCCCUGCGCGUCUCAUUAUGGAACAGUGCGUGGCUCGCCUGGAUGUCGCAAUGUUCAACGCUAUUCUUCGUGAUUCUGAUGAAAACUUCCCAACAGACCCUCUCUCUGAUCCCAUUGCUGACUCCAGGGUCUUGCCUAUUCCUUGUUCCAUUACAAGUUUCGGUUCUGGUGCCCUGCUUAAAAACUCGAUAGGAAACUGGUCCAGGUGGCUCACUGAUUCAUUCGGCAUCGAUGAUGACGAAGAGAAUAGCAGCUACGUUGGUACAUCUUUCAAGACUUUUAUUCUUCUCAAGGCGUUAAGUGAUCUAAUGAUGCUUCCAAAAGAUAUGCUCCUCAACACUUGUGUUAGAAAAGAGGUUUGCCCAAUGUUUGGUGCACCGUUGAUCAAGAGAGUCUUGAAUCAUUUUGUCCCGGAUGAGUUUUGCCCUGACCCAGUUCCUGUUGCUGUACUCGAAGCUCUUGUGUCGGAGGAGGAGGGUGAAGAGAAGGCUAUGAUCACAAGCUAUCCGUAUACGGCACCUCCUCCCAUGUACUCUCCACCUUCGGGGACUUCAAUAUCCACUAUCAUUGGAGACUUUGGACAGCCUCAAGCCCCUACUAAGCUAUGCAGAAUCAGGUCUUCGGUUACAAGAAAAUCCUACACUAGCGACGACGAGCUUGAUGAGCUGAGUUCGCCGUUGGCUGUUGUUCUUCUUCAACAGGCGGAUUCUAACAAGGUCAAUAAUGGCUGUGCAGAUGAGACUGUCAGGUAUCAACUUCUCAGGGAGUGUUGGACCAACAGGGACUAACCAACCAGACAUUGAUGUGUUUUUCUGUUUCAGUUCUCACUUACGGUGGUGUUAUGUCUUUGCCAGUUCGUUGUUGGUGUUGCUAUGUAGCACGAACUUUAAUUAUCACAAGUAACAGUAUCAAAGACAUGUUUGUAUCAGACACGUGCACGAGGUUGUAUAACAAGUAAGGCAAAUCUAUUCUAACACCACUAAAUAA